GGACAGAGCGUCAGUGGAGGCGGCAUCCUUUAAAAAGCGGUCGCACCCAGUUGUCCUCACAGAUGAGUCGAUCCAGUCCUUCGUAAAGCAUCACUCAUAUCCGGGAGAAAUUAUUGACAAUCGUUUACCGUCACCGUUUAUUUUUUUAUUUAUCAUUCGUUGUCUGUAGCUUUUCUUAGCAGUUAACAUAAAUAUUUCCUCAUUCUUGUUGCUUUUUGAUUAUUUUAUUUAAUAGAGGAAUUUGUUUAAAUAUUAAGUUUUAAAAUUUGUUGGUGAAUAUAAAGAAAUAAUAAUAAUAAUAUUUUGUGUGUUAACGGUGAAAGUUUCUUGUUAUAAAUCAUCUUCGGAAUUUGAUAAUAAACUAUUAAUUUUGUGAUAUAUAUAUUUUUUUAAAAAGAUAAAUAAUUUUCACGGUAGGAGUUAGAAAAAAAUAAAAACAUUUUAAAGUUCUUCCGAGUUUCUAAGGAAGAAUAACAAGUUACUUGGACGGAACAACGAUUUGAUCAGUGACUCCAACGUCUUUGUUUCGUUGCAAAAACUUUUAACUGUUCCGAGAAAAUCAUCACAAUGACCGAUUUCCCUGGUAUUGGUAUGGUUCCAUAUUACAAUCAUAUCGUUUACCGUCAGCAGCAGCAAUACCCGCCACAGCAAGGGUUCCCGCAACAAAUCCAACAGCAUGCACCCACGCAACAAGUACAGCAGCAUGCUGUUGCGGCUGCAGCGGCGGCUGCAGCAGCUGCAACGGAUUCCGCACAACAAUAUUGGUAUACAGGCUACCCUCACGGACAUCCUCAACCGACAACGCACCAUCAUCAUCAGAAUACCGGAUCGCAACAAUACUUCGACCACGCGGAUGUUUUCACGGGUUGGACGGCUCAUCCUCACACACAUCAUUACACUCCACACUUCCAAUACCAGCAUCAUUCGACUUAUCAGCAACCUCAGAUGCAACAACAACCGCAACAACCUUUACAGCAGCAAAUACAACACCAUCACCAUCAAGUCCCACUACAGAGAUCUCCGAUGAUCCAACAGCCUCCGCUUCAAAGGUCACCAAUUCUACAGCAGGCACAAAUGACUCAAACAGGUAUUACACCUUGGGUCGGUCCUCUAAGUCCGCCUACUACCGUUAGCGGUAGCGAAAUCAGCAGUCCUGGUGCACAAUCCGUAUCACCAGCCAUGAACAAUAAUAGUUAUAGUUGUAAUACUGAUGUAAACAACACACAUAGUAAUAAGGAGAACAACACAAGGCCUGGAAUGAACAGGAGCCCGUACGAAUGGAUGAAAAAGUCGUCCUAUCAAAGUCAACCCAACCCAGUGUGUGACGUAGCCACGGCCUGCAACGCGAGUCAGGCUACGACGCUUCACGAGCUCUGCACCCUCGACGGCACCGGAAAAACUCGGACCAAAGACAAAUACAGAGUGGUCUACUCAGAUCAUCAAAGGCUAGAACUUGAGAAGGAAUUUCAUUUUAACAGUUAUAUUACGAUCCGACGUAAAACAGAACUCGCCAGCUCUCUUAAUCUUUCUGAACGUCAGGUAAAAAUUUGGUUCCAAAAUAGACGAGCAAAACAAAGAAAACAAAUGAAAAAACGCGAAGAAAUGGAACAAAAAUUAUUAAAAACUACGGAAACACUUACUUUGGACGAAAGGAAAGCACGCGUGGAAGAUAGGAUCUGGUGGAGUUAUCUGCAAUAAAAAUAGGAAAAUAAAUGGAUGCACUUUGCAACUAUGUGUAAACACUGUAUAUAUAUAUAUAUAUAUAUAUUAGACAUGAAUAUAUGUAAGACUUUAGUAAUUUAUGACACGUGUAGUUAGGAUGUAUCAAGGCAUCGAUAUAACGAUGUCUUUGCAUUGGAUUUAAAAUUUUGAAUUUUAAUAUACUGUUCUUAAACUUGGAAAGCAAAUGAAUUGUUAUUUAUAUAAAAAGUAAGUUAUUCACAUUAUUAAUAUAAAGUUUAAAACAAUUUCCAAUGAUGUUUUAGACAAUAACAAGAAACUUCCAAUGCAAAAUAAUUGUAUAUAAGUGCACAUAAAAAGGGAAGAGAAUAAUAACGUGUAAUAAAUUAUUAAUUAUAGUCUUAUACAUUUAGUUGCCAAGUGUUAAAACCUAGCAAUGUAAUGAUUUGUGAUUUUAUUAUAAAAAACUUUUUAAACGUAAAAGUGAUACAUUAUAAUUUAAUACCCAUAACAAAAUUACUCUUUCUUUUUUUCUUGUAAAUUAAAAAACUCUGACGCGUAAUUACGAGUAAUUACAAGUAUAACGACGAGUAAUGCCUGAGGCAUUAUGUAUUUAUUAAACUCUUAAAGAGACUUGAUAUUUGAAAUUGAGAUUUUGAGAUAUUUAACUUGAGAUUUUUUUUAACGCUUUCCAUUUAUAAUUUCGUAUUAUUUAAAAUAAAUAUAUUCGAGGAUA